CUGUCUCAUGGAGCUCCCGAGAAAUUAGGGUUUCGACGUUUUCUCUGGUCCUGGCGAAAUCCUAAUCUGCGAGGCUGUGUCCCUUCGAAUCGGCUUAGCUGCGAAAUCGUGCAACCAUUGUAGACUGGUCUAUUCGAAGGUGUUCGGGUUAUGGAGCCGGCGAUGUGACAGCGCAAUCACGAUGAGUUGCCUUUUUUUCUUUUUUUUCUUUUUUUUUAUUUUAGGCAGUCGGGAUUCUGAGUUUAGGGUUUUGCAGGUCCUUCAACUCCCUCGCUGUGAUUUCUCGGUCUGGUUGAUCGUUUCGCUCUGCUCUGAGCGCGUGGAGCAGCAUGGACCUGUCGGCAGCGGGUCGGGAUAUACACGAACUUGUGGAAGCAUUUGCGCAAGCGGAAGAAAUGUCUUUGCGGCAAUUGAAGGAGCUUUGGAAGAUUCGCGGCUUCUCCUUCAUACACGAAGCGUGUCCGAAGGAUACUACGCAGGCGUUUUUCAUGCAGUCGUUGUACUCGUCUGCGCUUGGGCACGUAAAGUGUGUGGAAAGGACUUUGUCGUGGAAGCUCGGUGGAUUGUUUGUGCUUUAUUGCUUGUACGAGACUCAGUAUGUGGAGCCGUUUUACCUGAUUUAUUUGUCUUUGGAAGACCUGGAGAGGUUGCAUGGGUUGGUCAAGGAGUUGCGGCGCAUUGAGCACGCAGAGGCUCUGAAGGUCUUGCGCACGAUGUUGCGUAAAGAAGCCUUCCUGUUCGGGUGCGUGUCUGUUGAUCAGAAAAGUAUCGCUGACGCUUGUGAGAAGCUGGCUAAUCAGGCUGCUGCUCGCCUGAAGCACGCCCGUUUCAAGUUGUUGGCGAAUGUUCCUUUGCAAGAACAUAUUUACCGUAGCUUGACUGAGGAUUUGUCGUUGGACUCGGUAAUGUCCCUCGUGCGGGACUACGCUGAAGCCAAGCAGCAGGUCUUCACAGGGCUUGGGGUGUUGGGAGAUGAUAGGACGGGUGCUGUUCCUAACUUCGCUGAGGAACUAAGGGAAACAGCGGACGAUUGGGAAAUUCAAAAGAAGGAUCUGCUUUCUAUUAACGGACUGGAGAUUCCUCCUCUUAGAAUGCAACCUUCACAACCCAAGCGCAAGCGCCAAAAUGCCUCCGAGAUUGUGCAGAAGGAAGAAGUCGGUGCUCCUACCGAAGAAGACCUUCUCGCAGAUGAGAUUCUUGGACUUAUUGAUAUGGAGUGAUACAGACGUGUAGAGUCUUCAUUUUUGAAGAAAUGAUCCUCCCUGCUCAGGCUCGAUAAGAAGAUCAACGAUCCAGAAAGCUAUAUAGAAGAACGUUGUCCUGUCGACUCAUACUUUUCAUCGUCAAGGGGUCCUCAGUGCCAUCUUAGCUCAGUUGGCAGAGCCCAAUAUAUUUAUUCACAGGUAGAUGGAAAUACGAACUGCCGUGUCGAUGGGCUUAAGAACUUGAAUUUCUAGGCUUUCGAAGAGGUUCGAGUAUAUAUGCUCAACACUCAAGUAUAGGUGCUCCCUCCAAAUAUACAUUUCGCUUCGCUCUUUGCGCAAGGUUGCAGUAUACAAGAGGCGGAGCACUCUCAUCAACACUUCGUUUUUGACUCUGAAUUAAUUACAUGAAGUCUGGUGGAUUUGCGCUUGAGCGAAACUUUAUGUCUCUGUUUACUCGCGGAGAAGAUUGUGUUCAGUAUUCCUUACUGGUAUCACUUGUUGGUGAUUAUAAUCGUCAUCUCAGAGAGUUUCGUAUUAAGGCAACUAGUAGAGAGAAUCGUUUGGCAUAGAACUACUUAAGGCAGAGAGGGAAUCAACUUCAUUUCAUGUUCGACGUUUUUCUGCAAUUGCACAGUGCCAUGCAGCUGAAAGAGAUAGUGAUGGGUGACCACAGGCCUUAGCAAGUCUAGAUGAGCUAUUGAUCUAAUCAGGCUUUUGUGGAGAUUUGCGUUGCGAAAGCUGUGGAACAAGGCUCGUGCAUUUUGUAUUUUGUUUUUGUUUUUUUGUGUUUUUUUUUGUUUUGGUCUUCUGAAGAGUCUUCGAAGUACCUUCUCAACCUUUUUCGUAUUAAGGCAACUAGUAGAGGCUUGUUAACAGAGUGAAAGUUGAAAUUUUAAUCAUUUUGGUUAAAUUUUUACUAUUACAUGUUCAAAAAGUCGUGGAUCUACUUUUUCUUCAAAAAAAAAAGCAGAAGCAUAGUCCGACAUACUUCAAAACUGAUCUAAAUUAGUGAGAAUUGGUAUUUCUCCUUCACUUUGUACUGGAUGUAGGACUUUUGAAUAAAUAAUCUUACGCUUGAAGACUUUUUUCA